CGUGGUGCAUUAUGCGCCACUGGAUCAUGACCAAAGAACUUAACGAAACGGAAAACCCCGGGAAAGUACAUCGUUCUCUUUUGGUUCAAAAUUGAAGGAACCCUGUGACCAGAGAAUCCCUAUCCCUUCCUCUCUCUCUCUCUCUCUCUCUCUCUCUCUCUCGCAGUGCUUCAAUGGCGAUUCAAGCUAACGUGUCAUGGCUUCAAUUGCAGCCACCUCAAUACCGCCUCAAUUAUUCUUUUUCCACGAAUUCCUUGUUUCCACGGUUGCUCAACUUCACUGGUCGAGAAAUCAGGAAGAAAUCAUUCGAAUUUCGUUGCAGAUCCAGCCAAACAGACGAUGAGGGAUAUCUGUUAGAUGCCCCAGAAUCUAUCGGGGAUGGGUUUUCCUUCAGUGGAGGGAAAUACUCGGAUGGGUCAAGCCCAUCAGAUGAAUGGUUCAAUCAGGGAAAGAUAGUGAAAGCUCUUCCUGCUUUGGGCACUGGUGAGAAGGCAAAGGAUCCAAUAUUUGGACUUACAAUGGGUGUUGGUUCUCAGGCUUCAGAUGAUGUUUUCAGAUGGUUUUGCGUUGAAAAAGGAAAUGCUGCUAAGCCAUCGGUUGUUUUAGUUCAUGGUUUCCCUUCACAGGCAUAUUCUUAUCGCAAAGUUCUUCCUGUACUUGCCAAAGAUUAUCAUGCAAUUGCGUUUGAUUGGCUAGGUUUUGGAUUUUCAGAUAAGCCUCAACCAAAAUAUGGCUUUGACUACACAUUGGAUGAGUAUGUGUCAUCCUUGGAUGCUCUUAUUAGUGAACUUGUAGAAGAUAAAGUUUCCAUUGUUGUUCAGGGAUACUUUGCUCCAGUAGUUGUCAAAUAUGCUAGCAAUCAUCAAGACAAGUUGAAUGAUCUCAUUCUUCUUAAUCCUCCUCUGAUGGACAAUCAUGCUAACCUGCCAUCAACCUUAUCAAUAUUCAGCAACUUUUUGUUGGGUGAAAUUUUCUCCCAGGAUCCUCUCAGGGCAAGUGACAAGGCAUUGACCAGCUGUGGACCUUACAAGAUGAAGGAGGAGGACGCAAUGGUUUACAGAAGACCUUAUCUCACAUCUGGAUCUUCAGGAUUUGCAUUAAAUGCAAUAAGUAGGACCAUGAGGAAGCAGUUGAAGACCUAUGUUGGAGUGAUGAAGAAGAUACUAUCCAGUGAGGACUGGAAAGUCCGGACAGCUGUUUGUUGGGGUCAAAGAGACCGCUGGUUGAGCUAUGAUGGAAUAGAAGAUUUUUGCAAGAGUUCAAACCAUAAAUUGGUGGAGCUUCCAAUGGCUGGACAUCAUGUCCAGGAGGACAGUGGCGAAGAACUCGGACAAAUCAUUUCCGGACUUAUCAGCAGAAGGCAUUAGAUGAGAUAAUGUUUUCUGAUGGUUUGAGAUUCAAGAAUUUGGUUUGUCUUGAAUUUUGGGCUUCAGAUGUAUUCAUGAAUUGAUUUUUGGGCUAAGAGCUCUUGAUUGCUACCAUACAACAUACUUGAUUCUUACUUCCCUUUCAGUUAUUACUACAAGAUAUGUUGUACCUGCAAGUGUUAUAGGAUGAACAGGUAACCUGAUAGUCUCUUUACUCAGUCCAUACACCCCUCAUUGUAUAUGAUUGCCCUAUGAUUUAUGCUUCCAAUACAGGAUUAGUGAAAGCUUCUCACUGUA